CCACCACUAGCAGCGGUCAAGAUGCCCCGCGACAACAGCCCCUCCUCCUCCGCCGCCUCCGCCUCCAAACUCGCCAAUACAAAGAUAAGCCUGCUGGGAGCCCUCCGUAGCGUCCCCGAUUUCCCCGUCCCUAGUAUGAACAUCAUGCCACUCUUCCAAGACCCGAAUUCCUCGGCUAGGAGAAGAACCCACGCUGCAUUAGCAGCCAGCUUGCUACUGCAGGGACAAGCCUUUGACGCCACGAACUACAAGGAGGCUGCGUACAAGCUGCCGCUUCAGGGCCGGACAUUGAAGGGCAGGCCUGUCACCAUGAGGGAGCUGUUCACGCUAGGAUCGUUGAUAUAAGAGACCAUGGCGUGGGUGAAGCCGUUCGAA